AGUGUUUUGGCACAGUUCCUGAGCCAGCGCCGGCUCAGGACGAGGUAAUGGCAGAAACUGUGACCAAAGUGGGCUUUACCAUCACAGGCGAAGGGCAGGGAUGUUCUGCUGCUGCAAGAGGGCCCAAACACUUUCUGUUGGACUUAGAUGAGAAGAAGUGUGUCAGAAUUGGCAGAGCUCCAGGAAAUGAUAUCCAAGUGGAGCUGCGAGGGUGCUCGCAGUUCCAUGCAGAGAUCCGGUUGCUGCCCUCUGAGGAGGAAGGCCUUCCCCCUCGAUUAGUGGUCCGAGAUCUGUCCAUGAACGGGACAGGCCUCAAGCUUGGCGACACGCCAGCAGUUGGUGCAAAGAAGGAUCAGGAUUUGCCUUUGUACCAUGACAUGCAGAUCCUGGUCCCUUUGCAGCUGAAGCUCAACCAGACCCCGGAAGACCGGGCCUGGCUGAAGCUUAGCUUUGACGAGCCAGAUGUGGGAGCACCACCAAAGCGUGAUGGGCAAGCAGAUGGUGAUGCAGGCGGAGGGCCCGAUCUGCGAAGAAAGUCGGAAAAUGGAGACAAAGAGGAUAAAGAUGAAGAAAAGGAAGACAAAGAGGAAAAGGAGGAGGAAGAAGAUAAGGACGAAGAAGAAGAGGAUGGAGAUAGAGAUGACGGGGAGUCAAGGGAAGCGUUUGUCGAUCUUUUGAUGAAGACAAAGGCAAUCUCCGUCAGGACUACAUACGAGGAAGCAGAGUCUUUGCUCAGCAAGAAGCCAGCUUGGAAGGCAGUUGAUGCGAAGACCCGCAAGGAGUGCUUCGACAUUUUUGUCGAGCACCUUGAUGGUGUAGGCCACAAGAAGAAAAAGAAGAAAGAUAAAGACAAGGCCAAGAAAAGCAGAAAGAAAAAACACAAAGAGGAUGAACAUGAAGAUGCGGAAGAAGGAGUGCGUAAGAAAAAAAGCAAGAAAGGUGAGAAGAGAAAAAGAGCAAAAAGUCACAAAAGCGCAUCCUCAUGAGGAGAUAGUGAGCGAGGGAGCUCGGACAGCCCAAGUCCAUGGGGUCCCUUUCAAGCCGGCAGAAUCUGUCUUCGUCUGAAGACCAUGAAGGAACAUUUUCUUCA